AUGGACCCUUCAAAGGAAGUCAAGGACAUAGCCCAUGUCUCGCCGGCGUCUGACCAAUCAGACAACGACAAUGAGGACCAUGGCAAGAAGCCAGUACCCCUGAGUAUGAAGAUACUCUCUGUCGUCAUCGUCAGUAUGAUUGGCUUCGGUGGACAUUGGAGUAGUGGUGUCACAGGUGCUUUGAAGAGUACUCUGAAAAAGGAGCUUCACAUCUCAAACACCCAAUUUGCUGUCCUCGACACAAGUGAGAACUUUAUCAAGACUGCUCUUAUUCUUGUUAGUGGUGUUCUUACAGAUCGCUACGGUGGAGCUAGCACCAUGCUCUGGGGCAACGCCGUCUUCAGUCUAGGAGCAAUCCUCAUCGCAGCAGCCACAACAGUCCGAAGCUACAAGUUCAUGAUCGGAGGUGCCGUCAUCCAAGCCUUUGGCGAUGUCGCAACCCAAGUCGCCCAGUACAAGAUCUUUUCGUCGUGGUUCCCUCCCUCAUCCGGCUUCGCAUCAACACUCGCCUUCGAACUCGGUAUCGGCAAAAUCGGGUCAUUUGUAGGAAAAGCCACAGCCAACGUGAUAGCCGAGAAUCUAGGUGAUUUUAGCUGGGCUUACUGGAUGGCUGUCUUUAUGAACUUGUUCACCAACGUCGCGACCCUGUUCUUCUGGUGGUUCACGCGCUGGUGCGAAAAGAGAUACGCGGGCACCAGAGAUCCUGCUACGGGAGAGAAGUUGACAGAGAACAACAAGAAGUUUGAGAUUGGCAAGAUGUUGAGGCUGCCUUGGUCAUUCUGGAUGGUUUGCUUGUUUUCACUCUUCCAAACCUCUACAGCUAGUAUCUUUGCAUCCAACAGCACGGAACUGGCUCAGCAGCGUUUCAAGAUCUCAGCUGUCAAGGCAGGCUGGUACUCUUCCAUGUCACAAUACCUGGGAUUCUUCUUUGUGCCGUUGAUCGGCAUCUUUGUCGACAUGUACGGACAGCGACUGACGCUUAUGCUUGUGUGCGGGUGCGGAAUGCUUCUGUCUAUGUGUCUUGCGGCUUGGGGACCUACAGUACCCGGAACAGCAGCGAGUUUCGGUAUCUUUGCCGUCGCUACAUCAUUUGGACCUACAGUUAUCAUCGACAGCAUCCGCACGAGCAUGUGGUACCAGGAAGUCUUUGGAUCAGGCUACGCAAUCAAGAUUGCAAUCAACAACAGCAUGACCAUCAUCGUGGGUGUAGUCGCGGGUGUUAUUCAAGAUCGCGAUAAUAACAGCUACAGCAAUGUCACGAUUCUUUACGCGACACUGGCUGUUGGAUCUGUGGUGGUGGCAUUGAUCAUCCUAGCACUGGGCUUCGCUAGUGAUGUUUUGGGACAUUUGCAGUGGAGCCGUAGCAAGAGAGUUGCGAAUGGGCAUGUCAUCAAUGCCAAGAGAGAAGAGUCUGAGAAGGAGGGACAAAGUGAAUGGAGUCGCAAGUUGGGACUUGUCAACUUUGGAGCUGUUGUUGUGCUCAUUCUAGGUGCUUGGGCAGCAUACUUUUGGGGUCUGGCUACCAAGAAUACGUAUUGA